CAGGAAUUGUGACAGAGGGAACUGAAAAUAUUCUGGUGUUUGCUCAGGAACCAGAAGCAGCUUCAGUUUACUCUAAGAAACUACCAUCUGAAGCCGUUCCUACGAUGGGAGACUCUUUCAUCAUAGCUGUAGACUUUGGGACUGCAUACAGUGGAUAUGCCUUCAAUAUAACAUCCAGAGAUAAAGAACUUGAGCCUACUGUGAAGUAUUGGGGUAAAGAGUACGGAAGAGAAACGCCAAAGACUCCUACCUGCAUCCUUUUUGAUAAAGAUAAACAGUUUAUCAGCUUUGGAUUUGAAGCUAAAGAAACGUAUGUGUCAAGAAUGGGAACAGAAGCAAAAGAUAACUUAUUCUUCGAAAGCUUCAAGAUGUCCCUCUAUAAACGAAAACUCAGCCUGGAUAUGAAGAUUAAAGCCAUGAAUGGGAAAGAAAUGAAAGCUCUGCAGGUUUUUACAGAAGCUCUAAAAUUUCUGAAGGAAGAUGCUCUGAAAUACAUCGCUCAACACACUGCAGGGAAACAGUUCACAGCUUCUGACUUCACCUGGGUGCUAACUGUUCCUGCCAUCUGGGAUAAUUCAGCUAAAGAGUUCAUGAGAGAAGCUGCAACUCAGGCAGGUAUUGUGACCAAAGAAAAGGAAGAUAAAUUGAUCAUUGCACUGGAACCAGAAGCAGCUUCGGUCUAUUGUAAGAAACUUCCAUCAGACGGUUUUAUUGCAGAAAACCUGGGGAAUCUAAAACUGGACCAGUCACCAGGAACUCAGUACAUUGUUGUUGAUUGUGGCGGUGGAACCAUUGACAUCACUGUUCAUGAAGUCCUGGAAGGAGGGAAUCUGAAAGAGCUAAACAAAGCCUCUGGAAAUGAUCUGGGAGGACAAACUGUGGACAGAAAGUUUAAAGAGUUCCUCCAAGAAAUAUUCACUGGAGUCUGGCAUGAUUAUGAAAAGAAAUUCCCCAGUGAGGUUCAGAAAAUUAUGUAUGACUUCACACUUUUCAAAAGACACGAAGAUGAUGUAGAAAUUCCCUGCCCAUUUAACCUGGGGAGAAUGGCUGAGAAAAAGAAAAAAAUUGAGAAGUAUUUUAAGAAAGUGCAAGGGGCAACCUGGGAUGAGGGAGUCAUCAAAAUCUCUAAAGAGAAACUGAGAGAAUUCUUUGAAGAGAGUCUACAGGGAAUAACUCAAAGCAUAACAGAAGUUUUCCAAAAACAAUUCAAAAUUAAGUACAUCCUGUUAGUCGGUGGAUAUGCUGACAGUGAGAUUCUACCUAACCACAUUACUGACGCGUUUAUAGAUGACUGUAAAAUUCUGUGCCCAUUCAAGCCACAAGAAGCUAUAGUGAAGGGAGCUGUGGAGUUUGGAAGAAACAAGGGAGUGGUGGCAUCUAGAAAAAAUCCCUUCACUUAUGGACUUGGUAUCUCUCAGAGGUUUGAUAAGUUCAGGCACAGGGAUGACAAAAAAUACACCAACAAAGAUGGUGUUUGGUGUAGAGACAUAUUUAUGAAGCUGGUGGAUGUUGGUGAGGAUGUUCGUUGGAAUGAAACCAGAGAGCACAUCUUAUACCCGGUAGAAGCAGCUGAGAAAGCAAUGAGCUUUUCGUUUUAUCGCACAAAGAAAAAACAUGUAACAUAUAUUGAUGAAUCAGACACUGAGGAAAUUGGCUCGCUUGUUGUUGAGUCUCCUGACACUACAUUUGGUUUGGAUCGUGAGAUCAGACUUAAAAUAAAGUUUGGCUUCACAGAAAUGACAGCAACAGGCACUGACAGAGAAUCAGGCUCAACACAAACGAUAAAGUUAAACUUCAUGAGGAAGUAACAGAAAAGACACAUCUUUGUUGACUUUUUUUCCAAAUAGAAAUGAGAAUGAAACCUACAGAAAGAGACUUAAAGAAGGUUUAAAUCUUCAGCAUGGUUAAAAAGACAGUGUUGGAGGUUGCUAGCUGUGAAACAUUACGGACUACCUUACUAUGAUUUAUUUUAACAGUUCCAUAAAAUGUCAUUUUUUAAACUAAUUGCACAUGUCACAAGGUAGAUCGUUGUUGGGCAGCUAUAAUCAAUUUGCCAUGUUACACAGAAAAAAGUUUUAUGAUAAAGACCAACUUGUAACGUAAUUGUGAUUUUAUUACAUGCAGAUUAAACAUUACAGAUUGUUCUAACAAAAUUUACAUUUUAAAGUUUUGAGAACCAGCUAUGAUUGUGGCUCACUGAAGAAUCUGGACUGUGUCCAGUUGGGUUUUGUUUAUUUUAUCUGCAGUUUAUAUUUUA